AUGAAGCGACAAAAUGUUCGAACAUUGUCUUUGAUUGUAUGUACUUUUACUUAUUUAUUGGUUGGAGCUGCGGUUUUUGAUGCACUUGAGUCGGAUAAUGAAAUACAACAGGUUUGGUUGGGGCUUUGAUUUGGAAAAUAUUGAUUUCUGAAGAAGCUUGUUAUAAAUUCUCAUUAGAGUUUUGAAAAAAAAAGUUCAAUUUCUAUGGCGAAAAUUUCGAAAAAAAAAUUUGCACGCAGCGGGAAUCGAACCCAUGACCUAAUGAUUAAAAAGCGCGCGUGUUAACCACUGGACCACGCCACCAUGUUUUUCCAGCCCGCAAAUGUUUGAUAUAUUUUCGAUGGCGCCAAAGUGCCUUUAGGUGCACUUGUAGCAAUUUUUAAAAAUGGAUAAAAUUCAAAAUUUUAGCGUCGACUAGUAGAAACAAUCCGAAAAAUGCUACAAUCAAAAUACAACAUGUCAAAUGCGGAUUACGAAGUUCUCGAAAACACCAUCGUCAAAGGUGUUCCCCACAAAGCCGGCUAUCAAUGGAAAUUCUCCGGAGCCCUCUAUUUCGCCACCACAGUCAUCACAACAAUCGGCUACGGUCACAGUACCCCGCUGACACAUGGCGGCAAAAUAUUCUGUAUGUUUUAUGCGUUGGCCGGCAUUCCUUUGGGUUUAGUCAUGUUUCAAAGUAUUGGAGAGCGGAUGAAUACGUUUGCGGCGAAAUUGAUAAGGUUUUUCCGACGAGCUGCUGGAAAACAGCCGAUUGUAACACCGAUGGAUUUGAUUUGGGUUUGUACUGGAUGGGGAGCUUUUCUUAUUGCUGGAGGUAUAAUUUUUCUGCAUUUACCUCAAUUAAUAAAUCUGAAUUUCACAACCUUUCAGGAGCAUUUGCAUUUUCAAAAUAUGAAAACUGGUCAUAUUUCGAUGCGGUUUAUUAUUGUUUCACAACUCUGACCACAAUUGGAUUUGGUGAUUAUGUGGCUUUGCAGAAAGACAGUGCACUUCAGAAAAAACCCAAAUAUGUUUUAUUUUCCCUAGUGUUUAUAUUGUUUGGAUUGACUGUGAUAUCGGCAGCCAUGAAUUUAUUGGUGCUCAGAUUUUUGACUUUGAAUACGGAAGAUGAGAAACGUGAUGAACAGUGAGUUAUUCAAGUUUUAUGAGGAUCAAAAAAUUGUUGGUAAAAGAUUUUUCAGAGUGCUGAAACAUUUUCUUAAAGGGUUUAGGGCCAUUUUGAAGGCUUUGAAGCCUUCUUAAAAGGCUCAAGGUCUUUUCAAGGCCUAAAAGGCCUUUUUUAGAGGCUUUGAAGCCUUAUCAAAGGGGUCAAGGUCUUUUCAAAGCUUAUAAGGCAUUAUUAGGAGCCUUAAGGCUUUAUUAAAGGCUUUGAAGCCUUCUUAAAGGGCUCAAGGCCUUUUUAAAACCCAUGAGGCAUUAUUAAGAGCCUUAAGGCCUUCCAAAAAGGCUUAAGGCCUUCUUCAAGGCUUCUUAAGGCUCUUAAGGACUUCUUGAAUGACAUUUUUUGUUUUGGAGGUGAAACAAUUAUGAAAAAAUUUGAGAAAGCCUUCUCAAAGGGAUCAAUGCCUUUUUAAAGCCUAAUAGGCUUCUUAACGGUCCUAAGGUCUUCUUAAGAACCUUAAGGCAUUGUUAAAGGGCUCAAGGCCUUUUCAAAAGCUUUGGAACCUUCUGUCAGAAGAUCAGAAAAAUUGAAAGCUUUUUGACAAUGUGGAAAACUAUGGAAAAAUUUUCAAAAUUUCAUUUAUCUGUAAAAUUGGAUAAAUUAUUUCUAGAUGUACUUUUGAGACAAAAAAAAUAGUUCAGAAUUUUAAAUAUACAGUAACCUGGUAAGAAUUAUAAAAAAUCCAAGAAUUGAAACCAAAAAACCAAAUUUAAAUACAGUUGAAGGCUACAAUUUAGUUAAAUCUACAAAUUAAUCUAUCAAAUAGCUAUGUUCCAAAAUCUACCAAAGCUCAAUUUGUUAAUGAAACAUAUUGCAACACAGCCUAAAGCAAUUAUAAUUAGAUUUUUACAUUCAAUUAAAUUGAUUUUUCCAGAGAAGCAAUCCUGGCUGCUCAAGGAUUUGUUCGAGUUGGCGACCCAUGUGAAGAUCUGGACAACAGUCGUCUCCCACUCUCUGACAACAUCUCAAUCGCCUCCUGUUCCUGUUAUCAAUUACCAUAUGAAAAUGUUCGGAAGCGUCAUCGCCAAGUUUCUCAAAAAAUGGCUCAAUUACAAUCUGAAAGCUUUCCAGCAGCCAAAAAAUUUUAA